ACUAACACACACAACAAUUUACCUACCCUGUUAUGGUCUGCUGAAAAUGUUGAUGAAAAUUCAGAUGUCAUGGCUUUUUGCUUUCGUCUGAUGUAAAUAUUAAUAAAUGGUUGAAGGAAUUUAUGAAUUGCCAUGAGACUUCCGGCAACAUGUGCGGUAUUAUGCUUCUUGGGCAUACUUGUCACAGCAGCAGCGGAGACAACGCCUGUUCAAGUCGGUGAUAUGUCCUGUAUACUGAAUACAACAUCAAACAUAAUGAAAGCAACCAUGGUGAUCUAUAAGAAAACAGCGAGCGUGACAAGAGCUUUCUUCACAAAACUUGAUUCUUAUGACACCGUGUAUGAUCAGACCGGAUGUGAAUGGACCGGCACAGGGACUGACAGUGAUCCAUUUAAAGCGGAAGUUGAUGUCGACAGUACAUCAAACCUACCGCCCUCUGGUAAAAGCGGUUGUGGAUAUGAAAUCGUUGAUGCCCAAAAGCAGAUAUAUCGAUGGACGGUGUAUAACCAAGAGACGUUCGAAAUGGGCCGAGGGGAGGAUUUAGUGUUCAUUUAUGAAUGCACUGGAAAGAACUCGCCAACUUCUGUCAGUGUUACAAUUAAAGUGAAUACGAAAGAUAAAGAAGGCACUGCUGUAAGGGUCAAACCAGAGAACCAGAUGUCUAUACUGAAACGGUCUGGAAGCAGCAGUGUGUUCAGCCAGGUGGUUACAGACGGUAUUUCUGUCGGUCAGGACAUCAAGCUGAGGGUACAGUCUAAAGUGAAGAGAUCUAGACAAGCACACAUCGACCACUACGGGGUGUAUGUCUUUAGCUGUGAUUAUCGUACGUCUGCGAUCGCUAAACCGGUACCAUUUAUAAUGUUUAACGGGUGUCCAAAUAAUCAGUUCAAUGAUCUGGCAGGAGGGUUUAAGUUUGCACGAUAUUCGAUUAUCAGUUCGGAUCAACGCUGGUUCCAAACGGAGACCGAUGAAUUUAAGCUGGUUCCCUCUGCGCCGGAAAACGAUUACUACUUAGUACGCUGUUACUUGCACUACUGCUAUGGAUCGGAAGGGACGGAUGACAAAUGUAGCGAUUACUGCAACAGUAAUAUCCGAAGAAGACGUUCCACGAUUAACGUUACAGCUGAGAGUGUAACAAUACGAGUGAAAGUAAAUAACGAAUUAUAUAUUGGCAGCGGAAACGAAAAGCAAACAGGUAAUGGUGAACAAAUUGUCAUCAUCAUCAUUGCAACUGUUACAGCUGUAAUUAUUCUUGCUGUCAUUUUCGUUGUCGGACUUGUUUGCUGCUGCCGUCGGCGUCGGCAUCUAGAAAAGGAAUGGUCAGAUACGUCGACAAUGGACUCCAGGAAACAUCUGUCGUCUUAUCCGCCAGCGUACCAGUUUAGAAACCCAAAGUUUUGAACUUUGUGUAUUUAGUCUUAUCUUACACGCCACGAUUGCGUGUCGUUGCUUUUUUAUUUUCGAAAACUAGAAAAUUGAACUACAUCAGUUGGAUUUCAUUUUGCAGCACAAAGAUUUUGAUUUCAUGCUAAACAUAGUGCAGUGGUUUCUGCAUUUGAAAAUACUAAAUACACUGGUCUAUAUUUUCAACUUAAUGUUCAUUCUCUCCAUCUAUGCACAGAAGACUGUAGGACACAUUUUCUAUUUACUGUAGACAUGUAAAUCUAGAGUAAAACCUAUAUUGAUGGCGGUCUCUAAGUUUGUCAAUUACUUCCAUACUGUUGUUUUUUGUAAAUAAUUAAUAGUCACCAGUUGUAUCUUACUAUUGCUCACGAAAAUAACGUUCAAAUAUUUUGUUUGUCUUCCAUAUCAUUGUAGUUGUCCAAACUUGUUGUCCGAUCAGUACACUGUACGUAAUAAUUUGCGGAUACCAAGGCAGACCAGGGACAGUGCUCAUUUUAACUGCCCAGUGUGAUACAUAACUAAAAUACAUUUGAAAAGGAUGUUAAACCCAAAACAAACAUCAAAACUUUGUCUGCUAUUGUUAGAAAUACAUUCAUUUUUUUGCUCACUGUUGGAAAUAAUGACAAGAAUGAAUAAGUAACUUUCAUGGGUACAGAUUUCUGUGGUUAUUGAAGAAAAGAAAAGCUUUAAGAAAUUAAAGAUGAAUAAACUUGUAAUACCGUAAUUUGUUUGAUCUUAUUUAGACAUUAUUUAUGUUUAUAACGUUUAAGCAACAAAUGAUCAGUUUAGUGCAUUGUAUCGUUUAUACAUACACUUUAUAAUGGCUUUAUAUUUUCAGCUAUUGUCAUUUGUGUUUACAUAUUCAUUCUAAAACGCUCACAGAUCUAUAUUAUUUUAAAUAAACGUAUUUAACAAUACCAUGACUGUUAAUUCAUUCCUAAUUAUUGAUAAAUACAUUUGAGCCGCACCAUGAGAAAACCAACAUAGUGCAUUUGCGACCAGCUUGGAUCCAGACCAGCCCGCGCAUUCGCGCAGUCUGGUCAGGGUCCAUAUUGUUCGCUUUCAAACACUAUUGCAAUUAGAGAAGCCGUUAGCGAACAGUAUGGAUUCCGACCAGGAUACAUAUGGGAAAAUUAGACCCAUCGUGAAAAUCACAACAAAAGCCGAUAAUACGUUUGGCCAGGUAAAUCGGCUGCCGAGACUGUUCGCUAGUUUUCGGCCUACUCCGUAUUUCAGGCCGAUGUCUAACCCUUCUUCGCCAAUGUACCGUUACAUUAAUAGUUUUGAUCAUAUAGAUUUAGGGAUAUUGUUAAGUUUAAUUUACAGUGAUUGCAAAGAUAGAUUAGAAAAUAGAAAUCUAAAUGGCUGUUGGUGGUUUAAUCAGAAUACCAUUUAUAACGGUAUUCGCAACAAAUACAUUAUUAUAAAACCAAACAAUGACUUUCCAAAAGUAAUUUCUUCUUUCUUACAAUCAGAAACUCGCUUUUAUAAUACUUUCUUUGAUGUUCAUGAUUAUGAAAUAAAGAUUUUAAGUAGUUUUUAUGUAAUCAAAUAACUGCAAAUUUAUUAUUAUGUCGUGAGCGGUGUCCAACUAGCUUAGAAUUUUAUGCCAGCUCAAGAUCGAAAUUCAACUUCCUAACUUAUCGAAUUUUGAUCCUAAGCUACACCUGAAGAUUGAAAAACGUCAAAUUUCAAAAUAGCUUUUAAUUUUGGGCCAGCUCAAUGAUCGAAAUUUGAAAUAUUCCAAAAGCCAAAUUUCGAUCUCGUAUUGAAUGAACAGCCUGUUUAAGAUUGAUAUUGAAAUGAAAAAGUCAAAUAUCGAGCAAGCAGUUAGUGUCGAGCCAUCUCGAAAAUCUUACUUCAAAUUUUGAAAAGCUGAAUUUCAGUAUAAUACUGAAACUGCAAUCUGCUCAAAGUUCAAAGCCUUAAAAAUCGUGCAAGAUCGGAUAUAUCGAAAUUCAAGUUUUUAUGCCCCCGGCAUGUACUGAUGUGGGAGGCAUAUAGUGAUUGUCCUGUCCGUCCGUCCGUUCGUCCGUCCAUCCAUCCGUACAAGGUUAACCAAAUGGGACCGUUUCGUCUAGCAUCAAUACCCCUUAAUAGAAUGACUUGAUACUAAUGCAGAUGUAACCUGUGACCAUUCCUCAUCUUCAGACAUCACCUGACCUCAGUUUGACCUUGACCUUGAACUUGACCUCGUUUUGAAUUUAGGUUGCUUUGUAUCGACAAGGAUGCCACCGGGGGCAUCAAGCGUUUAUUGAACACAGCUCCUUGUUAAAAAUCGAAAUAGAUUAUUCUCGGUAUUAUAUUUCAAGCAUGAUCGAAUUUUCAAAGCAAUCGAAUUUGAAACUGGUAUUAAAAGUUAAACUAUCUUUUAAACAGCCAGCUUCCGGGAAAACCCAGUACUGGUGUCAUAUGAGAAGUCAUGGUCGUGACCCCUCUCACGGAUGCUCGAACCCACGACCCCUGGGUUGAGCGGCCGACACAUUAUUCACUGGACGACCGCUCCCCUCAAAAUAUUUGAAUUUCGGUCAUCCUGCUGGAUCUAAUUUCAAUUCUGCCUCGAAAUUCGACGAAUUCUUUUUAUUUUAAUUUCGAUUUCCUAGUCUGUGCGAAAUUCAAUGUAAGCGAAAUUCAACAUCAUCCUUUCAAAAUUUGAAUUUUGAUUUUCUACUUCUAACUUGCCCAAAAUAUGCCGCCUAAAAUUUCAACGUUUCUUUUUUAAAUUUUGAACUUCGAUCCUCAAGCUGUUUAAAAUUGACUAUUGGCUGUAAACAAAUCAUAUUAUAGAGCGUCCACUAAUUUAUAAAUCCGUACAUGUGUGCUGUUUAGCGGGUGAGAAGAUAUCAGUCUUUACCGUUAAGGAGCUUAAAUUUCGUAAGAAUUGACGGAAACAUACGAGAAUGUUCGAGUCUUUCCGAUAAGGAAAAAAAACCUAUACUCAUCUGCAAAAUGCUUAAAAAAGACCAUUUUCUUCUUCACCUAGAAAACUGAAAUUAGUAUGAAACAAUAGCUAAAUGAAUAUAGAUUACUAAGUCGUUUGCAAAGGUCUUUAAGCACACAUAAGAAUUUAUUUAUUCUUUGUUAAACAGAAGAAAUUUCAGCAAAUUAUCCAUAUUUUACUAUAUUUCUAAUUGUAGAUAGACAGACAUAAAGUAUACGCAAAAAAGACCAUUUUCUUUUAAAUUCAUUUUUAAAAUAAAAUAUUCAUAAGAAAGACAAUGCAUUGAAUAUUAUCACAUCGUUUGCAAAGCUAAAAUACCUAUAAUACUUUUUCCAUGAAUUUAAAUAAAGUAAAGGGCUCCUUCUUUGCGCUAUAUAAAAUAUUUUCACUCGUGUGAAAAAUUGAUGGGUCUAAUUUUCCCAUAUGCAUGAUGGUCACAAAUGCACUAUGUUGGUUUUCUCAUGGUGCGGCUCAAUUUUCAUAUUCGGACAAGUAUAGAAGUGCAGUUAUUGUUGCUGACUACAAAUUCAUUUGCCCCUCUCUUUUGUUGGCUCAAAACUCCACCUGGUGUGCAGAAUUGAUUCAAAUGAGAAAGCAAUUCGACUUGCCUGCGGACUGUCUAUUAUGUUAUCGAGAUUUUAGCCCGUCCCCAAAAAAAAUGUCCAGCCGAGUACCCGGGGUCUUCCUCCACCAAGUCACCGUAUGAUCAAUAUCGUCCCGGUGAGCCACAGUAAACCAAACAAAAAUUCAUAGAAUGAAGGCUGCAAACGUUACGAUACUGGGCCGCUAGGCUGCUAACUUCACGCUAGGCUGCAAACUUCAUGCAUAUUGAUGGCUAUAAACAACGUUCAACAAACACACACAAACUUUGCAGCAGCUUAUUAUGCUGUCACUAUUUAAAUGUAUAUCAUUUGUGAUGUAGGGGGAUGCGAGGGGCAUACAAUGUUACCCGUAUCCGUGUAUCCAUGCGCGCAUACACUGCACAAAAUCGUGACCGAUAGAUGAAGUGUCGCGUGCAAAUCCAGAUACUAUGUAGAAUUAGCAAGUAAAAGUAAAGAUCACACUUGGAGGUCAAAGAUUCAAAGUCAUUCUUGUCCGGGUUUUUUUGUCGGUUCGAUAACAUUUUUAUGCGCGCAAGGUUUUCUUAUAUACCUUGGCAUAAACAUUCCCCAUAAUAAGACGAUGUGUCUUAUUUGAGACUCAAAUCUCUACCUUAAAGCCAAGGUCAUACUAAGAGUUCAAAGAUUUUAGGUCAUUUCUCUUGUCCGCACUAUGACUUUUUAUGCGUGUAUGGAUAUUCAAAAAACCUGGAACAAACAUUCACCAUAUUAAAAAAAACGUAUCACGUACAUAAUUUAUACCUCUAGCUUAAAAGCCAUGGUCAAACUUAGAGAUGCAAGAUUAAAGGUCAUUUGUUUGUCCGCUAAAGAACCUUUUUAUGUAUAAUUGGAUACCACAACCAUUUACCAUAUAGUAAGAUCACGUGUAGCAUUUAAAGCCAUAACUCUACCUUUAAGGUCAAAAUCACACUCAGAGGUCAAAUAUUUAAGGUCGUUUUUUCUGUCCACUCAAUAACUUCUUUUGCAAACAUAGAUACUAAAGUACCACUGCACAAAAGACGACUUAUCUCAAUCAAGAACUGUACCCAUACCUUAAAGGUCAAGGAUACACUUAGAAAUCAAAGAUUUUUAAUCACUUCAAGUGUCCAGUCUAUAACCUCUGUAGCAAUGGAUAGAUAUUCGUGGACCUUUGCACAAACAUUUGCCAUAACCAGACACUAUGUUGCAUGUAAGACCUAGACCAUUAGCUAAAAGGUCAAGGACGCUGCUAGAAGUCUAUAUACGAGGAAUCUUUCAAAAUAUAUGCCACACUUAGUUUACCCAUCAUACAAAACUUUUUUACUAUGAUAAAACAAUUAAGUAAUGUAAGAACUGACUUUUAAAAUAGGUCGUAGAAAUCUAGCUGUGUGCCGUAACCAUGGAAACGGCUACUGAAGCUUGUUAUCGCGGAAAGUCAAAAAAAUUUCUUGUGUCAUAUUUCAAAAGAUAGUAGUAUUAGAAACUUGAUUUUUUUCAAAUUUUCAUUAAGUUAUGAAUACCUAUCGUUCGCAGUGAUUAUAUUCUAAAUAUCUGGUUUAAUUUCUUUAUUGUCGUCAGCACGUGCAAUUUUAGUAAUAAGCACGUGCAUUCAGUUGUGAACCAACAAGGUGCCUUUCUGUAAUCAGAAAAUGGUUUCUGGACUUAAUUACAACUAUUGCUGAUUUUUGGCUUGAAAAUGUUUUAUAAUACAUAUGCAAUUAAAAUUCUUAAACUUUUGAUACGUCAGUUUAACUUCAUUUUAUACAUUAAUGCAGCGGGUUACAUGCCAUAUAGGCUAUUAAUUCGCUUCCUUUUUCAAUACAUAUGGACAAUGAAGUUAAUUAAUAAUGCGUUAAAUAUCGCUUUGGAAUAUUUAAUAGAUAUUAUAUGACAAACAACAAAGUUGAUUUAAUUAUUGGAAAACAUGUGGAUAAAUUGUUUUUGUGACAUUGCCUUUUGUUAGCUGUCAGUAAUGUAUAGAUACGCUUAACAUAUUAUAAUGCAUGCAUAAAAUUGUUCCCUUUUUCGUUGAUAUUUUUUCUAUUACUGUUACGAAAUAAAAUAUUUUAGAUUUGA